GUUUACUUCGCGACUCGCAAGCGAAACCCUGUACGAAGCAUCUUUGAUCCCAGCUGACGGCACCAGCAUCUUUGCAAAACUAUUAUAUAGUAAGACCUACCUUCUCACAUCCGGAUGGACUGAGACUCUUCUUUCCCUCACCUUUACCCAUGACUAGCAGACAGUCUCGUUUUCCACUGAGCACCCUUCAUUGGGGCAACGUUGGUCAUGGAACGCACAACAGUAAGCCUCCCACAAUACCCGCACCAAUAUAUCGACAUGCUGCCCCGUCUGGACCUUGGCCAUGGAUGGACUUUGAAUCGGACAUUGUUUUGGAAACCGAACUUGUUCCGUCAACCAAAGAAUCAGUGGAGCAAUGGAAGUGGAGGGGAUAUCCUCAAAACUUGUUCGGGAACUGGGUCGCUGAUCGAGUUGCACGGUGUAAGAUGGUCGAGAAUUGUUCCAGGGACCCUCGAGAAAAAUGCAGGAUCUAUUAUGUCGAUGUACUUGAAUCCGGAAAAUUCAAGUCGGCUAAGGACACCGAUCCAUCUAUUGAGGUUGAUGAAAGCGCUAUAAGUCAGCUCUGGGAUCAGUUGCAGAUAGAGCCACCAGGUCUUCGUCUCCGGGUGUUGCUCGUCGACAACAUGAAACAUCCCGUACUCCAGAUGCUGGGAACAAGGUACAACAUUGAACCGUGCUUUUUCACAUCCUCCUUAAACUGGAUCCCUUCUCGAUACCAAGAAGAAGUUGUCAAGAAAAAAGGAGAUCACAUUACGGUAACACUGCUCUUUGUACGCACGGCGCCAUGGGACAAGCCCGUCAUGUCCUCGCAAAAUAAGCACAUCUCCUGCGGUGAAAAAGCUAUAGACACGCAAGAGUCACUUCGUCUUCGCUCUGGUAGAGUCUUCCCCCAUUUUUGGUGUCGUAUCUUCAUGUUUGUUUCAGUCUGCUCGCCGGCGGAAAAGUACCUUCUUGAAGACCUGCUCGCUCUACACAUGAUAAGAUCAUCCGACCCCAGUGGUAGUACUAUCAUAUCUUACCACCCAAGUGCUCAGUGGAAUAGGACAACCGCAGAGCGAUUGAAAAAUUUAGUCCAGAAAGUGGGAGAGAGCGUGUAUUGGCAGAAGAUAUUCGAACAGUCUAAGGAUCCAUCAUUAGUCUUCUUGGCUAUCCUUUGGUAUGCGCUUUACGCCUGGGACGAAUCCUUGGACCAUCUGUACACUCACAUGAACUGGCUGGAAAUAAACGGACUAUCGACAAAUGAUAACAACCUCACAACUGAGUUGCACACUAUCCAGGCUCGACUCCUCCACUAUGCUUCACUUCUCGAGGAUUUCCGCAAAUCUGUGACCUUCAUCAGGAACACGCCGAAUCCCGUUCUGGAGUCUCCCAAAUUUACUGAUCAUGCAAGAAGGGACACGAAUAGAGUGAUGCGCAAGGAAUGCGAUAACCUCCUUUCUGAAAUUGACAGGCUAGGCUUCCAGUUGACAAAUAUCACAGACCUCGCUAAAGCGACCGUGAACUUUGUUGACAGUCGACGGAUGCAAGAUCUGACAAUAGCAACAGUCCGUGAUUCGGCCGCUAUGAAACAGAUUUCCUAUCUGACAAUGAUAUUCCUCCCUGCCAGCUUCGUUGCGGCAGUAUUUGGUAUGAAUGUAAAGGAAAUCACCGACGAUGCCACGGAAACCCUGUCACAUUACGCGCUAGUUUCUAUUGUGUUUACUGUGCUUACUGCAUGGCUCGUAGUUACAUUCCAGUCUCACUCGCCGUUCCACGAGGCAGGAUCUGGAUUCUGGCGGCGUCUUGCAUGGCCAUUUUCAUAUAUUAUAAAACACACAGGCCUGCGGCGGUUGCUCAGAAGCCAGCCCGGUGGACUUCCGUAGGCAGGAAUCUUUGGCUUCGCCAUCCGUAUAAGCUCACAUUGCAGUACAAUAAUUUGAUUAUUA